CCUAUAUAAUGCCACUCUGAUUUGUAAUACAAUAUAUCAAUAUAUCAAUCAAUAAUAAUACAUACAAUUUAUUCUCUCUCUUUCUCUAUACAUUAUUUCUUACAGGGUAUCAGAGCUGGUUUAAAACCUAGUAUUUUCGCUUCUCCGGCGGGCGGCAACCUCACCUUAGCCGCCCGCCGGACCUCAACCUAUUCCGCUGAUAAAAUCAACAAAGAUUUGUGCAACUGUAGUCAUGUGUGAGGCUGAUGGAGAAGAAUUCUUCACCUCAUAUGACGAGACAGUCUGGAACUGGAAACACUGCAACAUUCUGCUCUGGAAUUCUGCAGCAGCUAGAUUAUAGCUUGGUUAAGUGCCAAGCUUUGGUUCUUCCACCCACUCUUGAACUUACCCAGCAAAGUGUGAAGGUUCAUGCUUGUGUUGGAGGGACUAGUGUGCGCGAAGAUCAGCGCAUUCUCUCCAGUGGGGUUCAUGUUGUUGUUGGUACUCCUGGUCGCGUGUUUGACAUGUUGCGGAGACAAUCACUUCGCCCUGUUUACAUCAAAAUGUUUGUCUUGGAUGAAGCUGAUGAAAUGCUGUCACGAGGUUUUUAAAAAUCAGAUCUAUGAUAUUUUCCAAUUGCUGCCACCCAAAAUCCAGGUUGGGGUGUUCUCAGUUGCUGCCACCCAAAAUCCAGGUCGGGGUGUUCUCUGCCACAAUGCCACCAGAGGCUCUUGAAAUCACCAGGAAAUUCAUGAAUAAGCCUGGAAAGAGAAAAAACUCAUGCUAGGAUUUGCGAAGUGAUUCGCUGCAGAAAUUUUGGCUUUGGAUGAAACCCUUACCAUACUCCACUCAUUCUCUCCAACUGUUCUAACUUUUUAUUUUUAUUAUUAUUAUUAUUAUAUCAAAUAAUCAAUGCACUCAUGUUCCCCACUAACAGUGUCCACUUUUGACCCAAACCAUUUUCAAUCCAUCAUUUCUCCUUCACCUUUUGCACCCCACUCACCGACUCUCUCUCCACUUUAUCACAUGGGUUUGUCCCUCUCUCUCCUCCAUUUGAUUUCAAAAAUCACUUAUUUUUAUUUAUUUUUUCCAAGUCACUUUUCCUCUUUUUUAAAUACCCCACUUUAUUUUGAAACAAUCGCACUGAUGUUUUUCAUAUAAUCCAUCUAUAAAUAUUUUUUAUCUAUUUUCUUUCUCCCUUGUUUUCUUUCAUUUUAUUUUUAUUUUU